AUUUUUAUUAUUUCAAAUAAAUGAGAUAAAAUUUUUUUGUAAACAAAUUACAAUCACGAUUAAAAUGAUUACAUAAAUAAUCUCGAAUUAGGUCUUAGAAUAAUAUUCACUUAAAAUUACAUAAUCAGUCACAGAUAUGGAUAAUAAUAAACAUAAACUUGAGCUGUAUGCCUGUGUGCAAAGAAUUGAUGAAAAGUUAGGUCAGAAUUUCGAUGAUUUCAUCUAUUCUACCUUUCAAUUUCUGUAAUUACACUUAAAUAUAAUGUUUAAGCUAUUUGAGAAAUACCCCAAAAUUCAAAACUUACAAGAUAUAAAUAAUUUUAAAAUUUAAACAAUUAAAAUUAAUUGAUAAACCAAUACUUAUUGCUUAUUUAUAACUAUAGUAUUUUACUUUACAUAAAUUACAAAUAAGUGGUGGUUCGUAGUUUUUACAAUAGUACCAAGAUGUAUGUGGAAAUGAUUUCAGAUCUACUUGAUUUGUUCAAUAAACUAUUAAACUUUAUGACCGAAGUUGGAGUUUUAGAAUCUUUUACAUUUGUGCAUUCUGCCAUAAAUCUGAACUCACAACAUGAACAAUUUCUUAAAAGAAUUCAAUCAUCAAUUGAUGAAUUGAAGAAAUGGUUACAAAAUGUUUGUACAGAAUGGAAAGCAGAAGAUUUAGCAUCUCUUGGAAAUGUAAUAGAGCCACCAAUGACACCUAAUAAUAUAGAUCUUAACAUGAAUGGCACUGAUUACAUCACUCCACUUAUUAAAGAGAAAAUAGAUUCUGUACUAGGUUUUCGAAACCCAGUUAGUCCAAUUUUAUGGAGUGUUGGAUUAAGACCCAUACAAGAAAGUAAUUCUAAAGACGGAUUUGAAAUAGAUGAUGAUCAAAGACUGCCUACAGAUUUUGUUGCUCCAUCUUUUGGAGAUUAUGGAAGCCCCUCAUCAGAACCUUGGAAUGUUUUUCAAGAAUCUAAUUAUGACCUGGAUCAGACGAAUAUGGAUGAAAAAGGUCCUCAAACACCAAAUAUUAAAUUAUAUAGAAAGGAAGAGGAACCAGAUAUUAUACUAGAGAUGAAUUCUAAUUCAUCAUGUUUUCCUAAUGAAAUUAAUCAAAUUGAAAAUGUAUUUUCUUGCGAAAAAUGUAAAAAUCAAUUUGGGUCCUUUGAUGAACUAGAAGAACAUUUAAAAACACAUCAGCUCAAAUCAAAACUCACAAAUCUACAUUUAACUUGUGCUUACUGUAAUAAGACAUUCUAUCAAAAAAGUAAUUUACGUCUACAUAUGUUGAUCCAUGAAAAUAUAAAACCAUACGCAUGUUCAUACUGUGAUCGGCAGUUUACUCAAAAAGCCACAAGAGAUAUACACUUGACCAAACAUACUGGUGAUUAUUUAUAUAUGUGUUACAUUUGUAAUAAGAAAUAUGCUACUAAAGGAAAACUAGAUUUCCAUAUGAAAACUCAUCAAGAAGCGCAAUAUGAAUGUACAUUGUGCAAUAAACGAUUUUCUACUCAGCAGUAUUUAAAUUAUCACAUGAAAAUACAUCCAGAUCAGAAUACAAGUGGAUUUAACUGUGAUAUAUGUCAAACAGAGUUUAAGAAAAGAAGAUCUUUGCUUGCACAUAGAAAACAAGAACAUCCAUUUUGCAUGUUUAAAUGUCCAACUUUUGAUUGUGAUAAAGAAUUUUCUACAAUCCAGCUGUUAAAUAGACAUAUUAAACGAUUACACGAAACCAAAGAAAGGAGUGUGAUUUGUUCAGAAUGUGGAAAAUCAUUUGAUUUUCCUAAUUACUUACAAAAACACAUUGUUCGAGUUCAUGGUCCUAAACGUUUACCAAAAUUCAAAUGUCGACAAUGUCCUUUGCGUUUUGACAAUGAUAUAAUGUUACAUGUACAUAUGCAAUCACAUCCAAAGGAUAAUAAAAAAAAAGAAAUCAAACGUGUGAGUUGUCCUCGAGAUUCUUGUAAUUUAUCAUUCUACAACCGUGUUAGUCUUCGAUAUCACAUUGCAGAAAAACAUGAUAAUAUUUAUCGGUAUGAAUGUGAAGUAUGUCAAAAAAAAUUUGUUCGUAAAAAUCACUACGAAUUACACAAGGCUAUUCACCUGAAACCAAAUUUUACUUGUAACAUGUGUUUUAAAAGGUUUCGUAAAAAAAAUCGUUUGGCUGCUCAUUGGAAAAGGACUCAUCAACAAGAAACAUUUGAUUUUGGCAUGCUUUUCAAUGUAGAUAAUGUUGAUACAAUACAUAAAUUAAAUUUGUAAUACAAAAAAAUGAGCUGUCACGGAACACUUGGCAGAUGUGAAAUAUUAAAAAACAACAGCAAAUUGAAACAUUCAUUAUUCUUUGGAUGAACUGUACACAUUCGACCAAGAGCAUCAGUAUAAUGCAUGCUUUGCUCUCGUGAUUGAGAAGCACGAAGUCGAGCCAUACUAAUGCGGCGCUCUUUACGUGCAAUUUCUUGUUCUUUUUCAGCCCUUUCAUAAGCAAUGUUUUGAAUCAUAGUUGCAUUACAGCUUUAUUUUGAAAGAUUUGUUUGUCUUGGUCGUUGGGAUUUAAUAAAUUAUAGUUAAAUUAUAGUGAAGGGUGAACUAUUUUAGAACAAGAUGCAAUAUAAACUGAUCAGGCAAGGAUCCAGGGACUAUUAGUGUUUUACACUUUUCCCUUUUGAAUAUGUUAUGAAAUAAUGUAUUAUGUCACCGUGUAAUAUAUAAGAUGUAUUUGGGAUAAUCUCGAAAAUAAUUCAGGUUCAAUUUAAUUUACAUGUGUUUUUUUAUUACUUAUGUUGAUCAUAGAUAAUUUUAUCAUUUUAUGACAACAAGCAUAGACAUUAUGGUCGAAUAUAUUUAUUUUUUUCCCGGG